AAAUCCUGUCUCCACAUUGAUGGGGAACCAGGUGGAGAAACUAACGCAUCUAAAUUACGCAGAGGUGCCCACGUCGGACCCCAACGGGUUCGACCCCGAUGGAGGCGACGGGACGCGCAUCGGCGUGUCCUACAUCUUCUCCAGCAACGACGACGACGACCAGGACGACAACCACAACCUGGACCCCUUCCCGUCCUCGGAGGACAAGCCGGCGACGACGCACGAAGACAAUAAGCCGUUCGACCCCCGGGACGAGCUGUCCUGCGCCGUGUUCUACCGGGAGGAGUGCGUGUACGAGCGCGGCUCCGGCUGCGCGGCCGCUCCGGCGGCUCUGUCCGCAGAAACUCUGCUGAACAGGUGCGGCCCGGGGGACCUGCUGGAGUUCGUGGCCGCAGGACAGUACCCGCACUGGGCCGUGUACGUCGGGGACUUCCAGGUGGUGCACCUGCACCGGGGCGAGGUCAAGAACAACUUCGUGACCGACGUGAGUCGGGGCAAGACGGGCCGCGUGGUGAACGCGCUGUACCGGUUCCGCGCGCUGCCGCCGGACGUGGUGGUGCGUAACGCCCUGGAUCAGGUGGGCGCGCGGGACAGGGAGCUCUGCUGGAGGAACUCCGAGUGCUUCGCCGCAUGGUGCCGCUUCGGCAAGAGGGAGUUCAAAAUCGGAGGGGAGAUACGGAUCGGGAAGCAACCGUACAGGUUGAAACUGAUCUUUUCGGAAAAGAAGAGCCACGUCCUGGAGUUUCAGAGCCUGGAGGACGUGAUCAUGGAGAAGAGGAGGAACGACCAGAUCGGGAAAGUUGCCGUGACGCAGGAGCUGGCCAACCAUUUGAACUCCACGCACGAAAUUAAGGAGGAUUUUUUCGUGAAUUGAUGAUGGUGGGGGAUUUUCUUGAGGUUGAAGUUCGGGGGGAUGUUGGAUGGAAACGCACAGUUUUCUGCUCGAAAGGAUCCAUGCAUGUUUAGAAGAGACAGCUGCCACCUCUAAUAAGCCAGUUAAGAGCUUUUGUCCCUGAGCAUGUGUGGAUGUUCCCCUCUGCCAACAAAUGUGCAUUUUUCACAGGGUGUUUAAAGUUUAUCCUUUAAAAAAGGAGAAGAGGGCCUCUGGUAUCUGAGGUAACAUGUGCUCCAUUCUCAAGUGCAUUGGCAAAGAACACCGCACGGGUUGAGCCAAAACUUCUGCACACUAAUUUGAAUUGAUGAAACAUUUCCCUCCUCUCUUUUAUAAGACAAAGACAAUUUAUGUUUUCAGUCCAGAAAGUGACUUACUGUGGUGAUUAUGUGUGCAUCAGGCCUGCAGCUGCAGUCUAAUCAUGUAGGGAAGAAGUGGAAAUGUUAUUGCUUAUAAUUAUUUUUCUAAUCCAAUGAAUCUUUGCACAAGUUGAGAGAAAAAACCUUCCUCGUACUUUUACCCGACAAGACUUCUGAAAGUGCUUUCCCCAGUAAAACUCAGGUGUUGGAGACUAUUAGAGAGUGGAAGAGAGACAACCUGUAGCUUUGAUUAUUGUUGUCUCCGAUCUGUUGCUUUAUAUCCAGUCAUCUCACAGCUUUACCUGUGGACUCUGUUCAUAGCCAUGUCUGUGCACCUUUAAUAAUUCACCAGUCUCAACCGUUUAUAUGAAAAGAAGAUGUUUGUAUGAAGACUUAUGGAAAUAAAUCUAUAUAUUUGAAGAGUAAAGCUCUUUUUUUCAAUGA